AUGGUUCAUUUCAAAGUUAGAUUUAAUGCCAAAGAUUUCCGACCUGAAGACAUUAAUGUGACAACAAUGGCAAACAGACUGACUGUUAAUGCAAAUAGAUCUCAUCAAACUGAGGGCUCUUCUUCUUCACGGGAAUUCUGUCGCACUAUUGAUUUGCCUAGAUCUAUUGAUCAUGAAAAGUUCCAAUGUAUGCUUACGGAGGUUAGUCCUUAUUUGCUUUUUAUGUCACAUCAUAUUAGAAUUAGCUUUUUUUACUGA